AGCACUUCACGGAGGGAGACAGAGCAGAAGCCUUGAGCCCUUGGCUGUUGGGGUGGGCGGACUGACUCACUUAGCCCCCUCCCUAGGACCGAUGGGGCAGCCCCCACGCCCAUGGGCGCUGGCACCCUGUCAGGCCCCUGGGUUUCGGAAAAGGAAGCUGCGGCCCCGCCGCGCCUGACCCAAACUGGCUGAGGAUGCGCUCUGCGCGCUGGGACCCGCCGGCCCCCGGGCGGGGAGGAGAUGUUUAGGCAGCGAGCCCCCAGAGCAGGCUCGCUCCCGCGGCCGCCUGCUGGGGCCACCCUGACCGCGGGCCCGCCAGGACGCCCCUGCUCGCGGCGCCCCUCCCGGGGCCGUGGCGCGUCCCCCGAGUCUCGCAGUAUUUCCUUCCUGCACCUUUAAGAAGACCGUUGCUCCGUGGUGGGAUGGUGUGUUAAAGCCACACAGAGGAAGUUACGCAGCCCGGAUCAGACCGAGAGAUAAAAGCCCCGAUGGUGAUCGUGAGUGAUGGCAAGAGGAUUUGGCCUCGGCUUUAACUUGGAGCUGAGUGCAGGGGGGCAGUGAAGCGCCCAGCCAUCUGGCCCGCGCCGCGCGGGGGGAUGCCCCGGCGCCCCGACGAGCAGCCGCGAAGCCCACCCAGGCCGGGGGCUGCCCGGCGCCCGAGCCUGGGUCCUCUCCGAGCCGCCCAGGGGGGCCAAAAAGUUUGCACUUGUUAGCGCCUAUCUCCCGCUCGCCCGGGGCGGGCGAUGCGGGCGGUGCGGGCGGCCCCCUCCCCCUGCCCGCGUCUCCGGGACGGCUGCGGGCGGCCCCCCCGGCGGCCGGAGGGCUCCCCAGCCCGACUCUGACGGCCGCAGCGGCGGCGGCCACAGCGGCGGCGGGAGCGGCGCGGGGAAGGACCACCGGCUUGCAGCCCUCCGGCCCUCGCCCCCACCCAGCGCCGGCCAGCGGGGGGAGGCGGAGCGCCAGCGGGUGGCGGUCCUCGGCCUCCCGGGUCCCCGCUCCGGGAAGCUGCUCCGAGCCGGGGGCUUCGGUGACCAUGCAGGCUUUCCCGGGCCCAGGAGCCACUUACAGCAGCCCAGCAAGGGCUUGGAUGCAAAAGUUAUUCGGUAGCGGCUGUUACUAGCGGAGGACUGGAGUCGCCAGAGAGGGGAGUGUGUUUGUGUCUGGGUGGAGAAUGGGGUUUCGUGGAAACAUAGCUAACUCUUCAGGGUCCUUCUAUGUGCAGUGGCUGAAGAGGAUAUCAGGUGUUGUUGCUAAUGAGCUCUCCUCCCCUCUUACAAUGAAAGGCAAGCCAGACCCUGGGUACCUGGACGGAUGGAGAGCUGAAGCCCCAGAAACUUCAUAAUAAGUUGCCGAUGGCUACCAGCCAAGGCCACAGGCUUGUUUUGCAGUAGUGGUGAGCACAUCACACACGAAGGGCCUUUUAAAGACCUGGAUUGAUUGGAAGGACAAAAAUUAAAGGCAAUGUGAUCCGGCCCCAUGCCAGAUCCCUGUGGAUUUCCUCCCUAUCCCAUUUCCACCCACUGUCACAAUUUGAGAGUCUGCCUGAUUUGAUCAGAUUCACCUCUGGGAGAGGUACAAUGCCAAGGUCAGGAGGACGCCAAGUUACGGGCAACUUUUUGAUCUGCCCAUCAGCAGUCUGAGAAACGCUGGCUCUGAGUUUUCCGUCUCGGCCUCUUGGAAAAAACAAGUUCCUCGUCGUCUGCAACCCGGCAGUGCUCGAGUCCCUGGGACAUCCAGCCUCCGUCGCCUGGUAGAUGUGGCAUUUCCAUGCUGAGGCUGAGAGUCCCACCUCACCCCAUCGCUGACUGUCCAGGGCCCCUCUGGGCCGUGCCCCUGCGGACUGCACAGCCAUGCUGCACCUCCUGGCGCUUUUCCUGCACUGCCUCCCACUGGCCUCUGGGGACUAUGACAUCUGCAAAUCCUGGGUGACAUCAGACGAGGGCCCCACCUGGGAAUUCUAUGCCUGCCAGCCCAAGGUGAUGCGCCUGAAGGACUAUGUCAAGGUGAAGAUGGAGCCCCCAGGCAUCACAUGCGGAGACCCCCCUGAGAGAUUCUGCUCCCAUGAGAACCCCUACCUGUGCAGCAACGAGUGUGACGCUUCCAACCCGGACCUGGCCCACCCGCCUCGGCUCAUGUUUGACAAGGAGGAGGAGGGCCUGGCCACGUACUGGCAGAGCGUCACGUGGAGCCGCUACCCGAGCCCGCUGGAAGCCAACAUCACCCUUUCGUGGAACAAGAGCGUGGAGCUGACGGACGACGUGGUGGUGACCUUCGAGUACGGUCGGCCCACCGUCAUGGUCCUCGAGAAGUCCCUGGACAAUGGGCGCACGUGGCAGCCCUACCAGUUCUACGCGGAGGACUGCAUGGAGGCCUUCGGCAUGCCCGCGCGCCGGGCCCGCGACCUGUCGUCCUCCGGCGCCCACCGCGUGCUGUGCACCGAGGAGUACUCGCGCUGGGCAGGCUCCAAGAAGGAGAAGCACGUGCGCUUUGAGGUGCGGGACCGCUUUGCCAUCUUCGCCGGCCCCGACAUGCGCAACAUGGACAACCUGUACACGCGGAUGGAGAGCGCCAAGGGCCUCAAGGAGUUCUUUACCUUCACCGACCUCCGCAUGCGGCUGCUGCGCCCGGCGCUGGGCGGCACGUAUGUGCAGCGGGAGAACCUGUACAAGUACUUCUAUGCCAUCUCCAACAUCGAGGUCAUCGGCAGGUGCAAGUGCAACCUGCAUGCCAACCUGUGCUCUGUGCGCGAGGGCAGCUUGCAGUGCGAGUGCGAGCACAACACCACCGGCCCCGACUGCGGCAAAUGCAAGAAGAACUUCCGCGCCCGGUCCUGGAGGGCUGGUUCCUACCUGCCGCUGCCCCACGGCUCUCCCAACGCGUGUGCCGCUGCAGGCUCCUCCGUUGGCAAGUGGACCAGGCCAUCUACAGCUGCCCCCCUCGGGGAGAGCCCCUCCUGGCCCCAGGUGUCCUCCAGUGCACAAGCUGUGGGCACCUCCACUGCUGCCCAUGCCCCCGCCAAGGCCUCCAAACCUUUCCAACUCAGGCCCAAACCUCCUCAAGUGAUGCCUAUUGAAGAAUUCCAAGACUGCGAGUGCUACGGCCACUCCAACCGCUGCAGCUACAUCGACUUCCUCAACGUGGUGACCUGCGUCAGCUGCAAGCACAACACGCGAGGCCAGCACUGCCAGCACUGCCGUCUGGGCUUCUACCGCAACGGUUCCGCCGAGCUGGACGACGAGAACGUGUGCAUCGAGUGUAACUGCAACCAGAUAGGCUCCGUGCACGAUCGAUGCAACGAGACCGGCUUCUGUGAGUGCCGCGAGGGGGCGGCGGGGCCCAAGUGCGACGACUGCCUUCCCACGCACUACUGGCGGCAGGGCUGCUACCCCAACGUGUGCGACGACGACCAGCUGCUCUGCCUGAACGGCGGCACCUGCUUGCAGAACCAGCGCUGCGCCUGCCCGCGCGGCUACACCGGCGUGCACUGCGAGCAGCCUCGCUGCGACUCCGCUGACGACGACGGCAGCCUGGACUGCGACCGCGCGCCCGGGGCCGCGCCGCACCCCGCCACCCUGCUCGGCUGCCUGCUGCUGCUGGGACUGGCCGCCCGCCUAGGCUGCUGAGCCCUGCCGGGGGACCCGCGGCCAGUGAGAGCGGGUCCGCGCGCCCUGCGCCCUGCGCCCAGGGGCCCGAGGCUCCGGGGGCCCGGGGGCCGGCCUCCGUGGCGCGGCGGCGAGAAGAGUGCAGCCGGAGCUGCUCCCAGGUGCUACUCAGCAGAGUCCUCUGCUCUCCUCCCGCCCGACUCCGCGGCACCUGCCCCGCCCUGGCUCUACAGCAGGGGGCGCUGUGGGGCCCUCGCCCCAGCGCCCUGUGAUUUGGGUCUUAGUUUUUCUAUUACCCUUCGCCCCUUGUCCCUUUCCGGUUUUAUUUUAAAUGUUUUUUGCUGGCGGUGAGACUGGGUGGGGAGAAACGCUGCUCACCCAACACCCCCAGGUUCACACACACACACACACACACACACACACACACACACACACACACACACGACUGUUGCAGACCCCCUGCGCCUAUCCCUGGCUUAUCAUCAGCCAGCGGACUCAGAACUCCAGUUGCCUACAACUCUAGUCGCUGACUUGAUUCUCUUUUAUAUUCUUUCUCAGUUUUCCUUUGCAACCCACCAGACCCCAGGCCUGGUGACCAAGGAACUCGCCGUCUGGGGGAGGGAGUUAGGAAGGAGGGUUGGGAGGGCUGGAAACUUCGUUUUGUAGAGAACUAUUUUUGUUUGUAUUAACCGUACCCUGUAAGAAGGGACAUGCGCGGGAAGCUGGUCGCCACGGGGUGCUUGAUGGUGUAUAAUCCGACAGAGUAAAAAAUCUGCUCACUGCUGCCUCCAGGGCCUGCUUCCUUUCUGUGUUCAUUUGGGAUUUAAAGAGGAGCCCCAAAAUAGCCUUAAAGAAACAAUAUCACUUUCAGGCCACCGUCCCCCAGGCUCCCUCACUGCUUGGCCAGGUGUGGCCAUGCCAGUGACCACAUGCUCCCCAAACUUGGGGAUUGUCUCCCUCCUUUCCUUAAAAUAAACAAAAAAAAAAAAACCAAAAAAAAACCCAAACGGAGUUUAUUGCAGUUUUCCUCAGCUGUCCUCAAAUUUAACAGCACACAGUGGACGCUGAUGUAGUUGCUAUGAAGUCCAAGGGACACGGCCAGCCCGGCUUUCUGUUGGGCUGUGACUUCCAGACCCGGUUUCCAUUGUAAAUCAGAAGGGUGGUGUGGCCUCAGACCUGCUGGGCCCCAAGCCUCAGGCCCAGUGUCUGCUGCCACUGCCUCUUUCCAGAGGCCCCUGCUGGCCGAGAGUCCCAAGGAGGGAUGGCCAAGGGGACGUAGGAACAGUGUGAAGUUGUGAGAGGAAGCUCUGAAGAAUGGGGCCCAUCGUCUGAGGCCCUUGGCUAGGGAGGGUGCACUGGGUCUGUCCAGCCCUCGGGGGUGGCACUCCGGAUUUCCCUCCCUACAUACUUCCUUCCUCAAGCCAGGAAGACUCCCAGGGCCGCGAAUUCAGUUCUGGAUCCUCACGGCUCCUACAGCCCCCGCCUGCAGUCACCCUCUGGCACCGGCUUCUGCCAGCAGCAGCCACUCUUUCCAGGCUGGGAAGCUUAGACCUGCCACACGCUCUCAAGGCCCCAAGACAAUGCUAAGACUGAGUUUAACAAAACUUGGCCUUGAGGAUGAUGAGAUUACAAGACGGCAAAGGGGCGCUACAGCUGACAUUAACUACAACUAGCUGCAUCUCAAGGCCAAGCACCCCCAGCUCCCAGCCCCAAUGCCAGGUGGCAGGGUCACCUCCCAGCCCCCAAAGGAAGUGCCUUCUGUCAGGUCCCUGUGGCUUUACCACCUUCCUUAUUGACAGAACCCUACUACCCCCAGCUGGGGCUCCUUGUGCACAGGAGUGGCCAUGUGACAGUUCUGACCAAUGAAAUGUAAGCAGGAGUGAUGGGUGGGGCUUCCAGGAAGUUCCCCAGAAAACUUCCCUCCCCCAACUCCCCAAGCCUCAGUUGGCCGAGUUUUGGGUCCUGGCUUUUCUCUCUCAACUCUCCCCCUAGUGCUGAGUCAGCAGGGCUGGAGGGAGGGGCCCCCUGGUAACCCUGGGUGGAGCCAAGAAGGUAGAUGCUGCUUUUCUAAGGACCUAGCAAAGCCAGGGACCAGCGCUGGCUGCCGACCUCCGCACUUCUCAAUGUGUGAGAAAAAUAAACCUUGAUGUGCAAAA